AUGUUCGGCCCAGAUAAAAGUUUACCCCAGUAUGAUGCGCCCGUGGCAGAUAUUGCCGGCAGAACUAGUCCAAGAAAUUCCAAGGGCCAGGUGAAAGGUAGCGCUGCCAAGCUACCCACACCCCACGUCCAGGACACGGCGAAAGACAUGGACACGGAGAGCUAUGAUCUUACAGGAAGAUCCAACGUUGCAAUCAGCUUUGCGCGACCAUCCGUGCACCAGUCUACACUGAAGGAGCUCGCUGCUGCCUCGCCCGGGAAGCACAGCGCCUCUCUGGAGCAGCAACUGGCUGGGCUGCAGCGUGACCUCAAGGCAAAGCAGGCUGAGGUCGACGCUGGAAAAGCGGACUUGGAGUACCGCCAGCGACUGCUUCGCUUUGCAGCAGGGGCUGCGAGGAGGGAGGUGUUGGAGCUGCGUGCAUACAAGGAGAAGGCAGAUGCUGCACUUGUCCUGGCCGAGAAGCGCAUCCAGGAGUUGAAAGAAGAGCUGGACGCAGUGGCAGUCAAGAUGAACGGGGCCAAGGCGGCAUUUGGCGAGGUACAGCAGGACUCCACGAGGGAAUUGAAGGAGCAGCCCGCAGCCGAAGAGGCUGGGGAACAAGUGGCAGAACUGAAAGCCCAGCUGAAAGCAGAGGCGGGGUUCAAGCAAGAGCUCCUGGAGCGCGUGCAUCACCUUGAAACACAGGUUGCGGCCAAGGAGGAGCUGUGCGCGAAUUUGGAGGCGGAGGUUUUGGCGGUGGGCGCGGUUGCUGCCAAGGCGCAGGAGCGGGUGCGCGUGCUGGAGCCCGAAGUCUCCGCGCUGGCCGCCCAAGCCGAACAGGCCGGCCUGGAGCUGGCAGAAGCUGCCAAGGAGAAGGCUGCGCUGGAAGUGCAGUGUGCGCAGCUCCGCCUGCAGGCACAGGCUGGCGCAGGGGCAGCGGCUGCGAGCGAGUCGGAGACCCCCGGGCCAAAUCUGGCAGCCAUGCUGGAGCAGCGCACUGCUGAGCUGCAUGUGGCAGAAGAGCGCAGCCGCGACGCGGCUGCCGAGAUUGAGACGCUGCUGGCUGCUGUGGCCAAGCACAGAGAGGAGAACGAGGAGCUGAGGGGGAGCCUGGCGGAGGUGGAGAAGCAGGUGGAUGGGGAGAGGGGGGCGCACGCUGCGCUGUGGGAGAAGCUGCAGCAGGCCAACGAGCGCCUGUCCGCCAGCUCCACGGAGGCCGUCGCCAAGGAGAACGAGUUUGAGCGGCGGCUGGGCCUCUCCGACUACCAGCGCCAGUGCACCGAGGCCCAGCUGCGCGACGCCGUCGCCAACCUCAAGGGAGUGCAAGUGCUGGGCCUGGCGUCCACGCUGGCCAUGACAGGCAAGGCAGUAGAUGCUGAGGCAUCGCGCAAGGGGCUGGCUGCGGCAGUGGGCAGCCUGGCGGAGCAGAUGCUGGCAGUGGAGCAGGACCUGCGUCUGUUUGCCUCGACAGAGGACAGCAUCUCCACAGAGGUCUUCGACAGCCCGGGAUCCAGCCUUGCCAAGGAGGCUGGGAUGUGGCCGGUGCCCGAGGGACACUCAAGCACCCUGGAGGCGCUGCAGCACACCUUCUCAACCCCUGGCCCGGCCCCUGCGUACCAUGAGAUGUCUGCCAGCAGCUGCAGCAGCAUCAGCCUUAUCAAAGGGCUGGCCGACCAGGACAGGGGCGCCCUGGAGGUCCUGUCGGCGCCGUGCCACCCACAGCUGCCGCGGAUGCAUACGGCGGCGGUGGCCGCGCGGCGGUGGCUGCACGGCCAGAUCUCACCGCCCCGGCAGCAGCUGCCGCCGCAUCUGCGCGCGCCGUGGCUGCCCUUGCUGCCGCCUGCCCCGCUGCUGCUGCCCGGCGGGCAGGAUGACCUGGGCCCUACUCCCCGCCUCAAUCAACGCCAGGACGCGCACUUGGAGGCAGUGCUGGCGUCGUCAGAGAAUCCACUGCUCCUGCUGGAAACGCCGCAGGGGCCCAGCAGCCGGCAGAGGGGCUGGGCGCAGACGCUGGGCGAGCUCUCCAUGCUGCCCAGGCACGCCUCAUCCGCCCCGGCCACGCCGCAGGGCGCAGAGCUCUCCAGGGACACCUCCCACGCGCAACAGGCGUUGCCUCUCACAUGUGCGCCCCCCGGGCAGCCGAAGGCCGACACCUGGCGCGGCGCAAUGGCCAGGCGCCACCUGUUCCAGAGGGCAGCUGCCCUGGCAGAGUCGCUGGAGCAGCUGCGCUUGCAAGUGCAGAACGGCCUGGCACAGCCUGGGCCGGUGGACGGAUCCCCCGGCAAUGCCGGCGCGCGCAGCGCGAGCCGGCUGCUGCACACAAUCGAGGAGGCGCACGACGACUGCGCCAGCACUGGCAGGGCGUCGGUGGCCAGCAGCGUGGCGCCCAGGCAUGCCUCGUCAGACGAGGACAGCCCGGAGGAGCGCAUAGCCGUGCGGGGGCGGCCGGCCGCCGCCGUCAGGCCGAUGCCCGUGGGGCUGUUGAAGGGCAUCGGCGCGCCGGAGCACCGGCAGAGCAGCCCUGACGCCAGCACUGCCACCUCAGCCGCCGCCUCUGCUGCCCCGGACCUGUCCUCACGGCCGCCGCGCCUUCAGAAGCUGGCCCAGGCUGCACUCCCAUGCACGCCAGUGGCAACCAUUGCUGAUGCUGUCACGGUUCCGGAGGUGACAUCCUGCAAAGCCGCCCCAGAGGUGGCCGUGGCAGCUGACUUGGUGCGCGUCAGUGCAAGCUGCGCUGUGCAGAAACCAAAGGGAGUGCGCAAGGAGAAGAAGCAAGCCCGCUUCAGACAGAUUGCUGGGUCGCUUGUGGCGAUUCCCCUGUUGGCGCUGGCAGUGGUGGCCAAUCAGAACAAGGUUCGCAGAUACCUGGAAGAUGAGCUCAGGGAUCCCAGCAACUUUGUUGAGUGGGACUACAAGUAUCAGACGGGUGAUGGCGACGCCGGCACCGUGAUCAUAAAUGCGUUGGGAUGCACUGCUUUCGGCGCUUUGUUCUUCCUGGACAGACAGGCUGCUGGCAAUCGCCUUGUACGACGUGAGAAGGUGAGAAAGGCACAGAUUGCCAUUGGGGACCGGGAGAUUUACACAAAUGAGGAGGGAGAACGCAUGUCUAAGCUGAAAGAAGUCAACUCAGACUGGAUCAUCAGACGCUUGGAGCGCUGGGGCCAAAAGGACGGGCUCCCUUUCGUUGGGCCCAAGAAGGGGGCACUGUUGCAGCAGCUGGUAAGGGAGAAGCAGCCCAGGAUGGCAGUAGAGGUUGGCACACUAUGCGGAUACUCCACGCUGCUGAUCGCACAGGCAAUGUUGCCUGAUGCGCACCUCAUCAGCCUGGAGUCCGACUGGAAGUGGGCGCUCGUGGCCAAGCGCUUUGUAUAUCAAGCCACCACCGGUGAUAAAAGCAGCAAACCGGAGGACCAGCGGAUAGCAAAGGUGGAUGUCUGGUGGGCAGAUGCUCUCCAAGCCCUCCCAUCGCGCAUCAGAGAACAUAAUCGCAUCGAUCUCCUGUUUCUGGACGGGCUUCCGAGGCAAUAUUUGGAGUACUUGAAGGCUGCCGAGCCGCAUCUGGCACCAGGCGCCCUUGUUGUGGCCGACAAUGCUGGCAUUUUUGGGCAGGGGGGUCUGAAGGAGUACCUGCAGGGAACAUACCGGACCUCCCCGGCAAAAUGGUUUGUACCAGACACAGUCGAGGCGCCCGCCGGCAGCGCCAAGGAUCCCAGCACUGGCGGCAUGACGAGCAAGCCCAAGAAGGUCGGAGAUGGGCUGUGGGAGCUGGUCAUUGAUGUGCCCACCAAGCUGGCGCCGCUGUUUCUGGCGUUUCAACUGAAAGCCGAUGGAAAGCCUGAAGUCAGCAGGGGCGGCCACAAGUUUGCAGUGCCUGUCGGCACCACAGCAGGGCGCCUUGAGCCGCUAGGUGCCUCCCUGGCCUCCGCAGACGGCCAGACCAGCGCUGUCAACUUUGUAGUCCGCUCAAGGGGCGCCUACUCUAUGUCGCUCAUACUGGCCAGGAAGCAGCAGGAUGGCUCCAACAAGCCGAGCGGGUGCUUGGAAAUUGCCCUGGAUCCUGCUGUCAACAGGACCGGCGACCUCUGGAACAUCUGUGUGGAGGGCUUGAAGGACUUGAGCACGCUGUGCUGGGCAUGGCGCGCUGAUGCAGAUAUGGCUUGGGAGGGCGGCGGCCGCUUUUAUCCAGGGCAGCUGAUGUUCGAUCCAUAUGCGACGGCUGUGACGCGCGUGCAGCUGGCAGAAGGCGUCAAUGUUGUGCCCCCAAAGAAGGAUGCCGGGCUGCCUUCAAAUCCGCCUGCAACCAUGGGCUGCCUUGUUUCCCUCGUUGAGGGAUUUGACUUUGGCGACAGCCAAAGGCCCGACAGUUCACUGGAAACCUCCCUUGUGCUCGAGAUUGACGUCGCCAGCUUCACCAGCAGUACCACAGCCCAGGAUGAGGUCCCACUGAGCCACCAGCGCAAAUUCUUGGGGCUGCUUGACAGGCUUGAAGCAAUCCGAGCCACGGGAGCGACGGCGGUACUGCUGGCUCCUGUGACGGUCAGCGCGGCCGGCUUGGGCCAGCUGGGCCGCGCGCCAAUCUCCUACUUUGCGCCGGACCCGGCCUUCGCGGUUGCUACCGACACUGGUGCAGCUGCCAGGGAGCUGAAGCAAGUAAUCAGCGGCCUGCAUGAUGCCGGGCUAGAAGCAAUACUGCAGGUGGAGUACUGCUUCACCGGGGAGGGCUCUGACGCGGCGCCGGCGCCGUUGUCGCUGCGGGGGCUGGACGCUGGCGUGUACUACCGCUCGGGCAGCCUGCUCAACUGCGGCCAUGCGGCCGUGCGCAGCCUCGUCCUGGACUCGCUGCGCCACUGGGCCCUGCACUACGACAUUGACGGCUUCUGCUUUGUAAACGCAGAGACCAUGGCCCAAGACCGCAACGGGGCGGUUUUGGACAAUCCGCCGCUGGCAGAGGAGAUCUGCGAGGACGGGGUGCUGAGCGCGCUCAAGCUGGUGGCCUGGUCGGGAGACGACAGCCUGCUGCCGCGCGGGGGCGAGCGCGGGUUCCCCCACUGGGCCACCUGGAUGCAGCGCAACACCCGCUUCUCGCGCGACGCCGCCGCCUUCAUCUCCGGCAUCCCCGCUGCCGCCAGCGGCAUGGCCACCAGGCUGACGGGGAGCGCGGAUCUGUUUGCCGCGCGCUGGGACGGGGGCCUCCCGGGAGGCCUGGCGGCCGGACGGCGGCCGGUGUUCGGCCUCAACGGCACAAACUAUCUGGGCAAGGGAACGCUGUGGGACCAGGUCGCGAGCACAGUGCCCGAGGAUGCGCAGCCGCCGGCGCCCGGCAGGCUGAGUCAGCACGAGACGCUGGCCAAGACGCUUCUGCUGCUGACGCUGGUCUCCCAGGGCGUGCCCACCUUCCCCCAGGACGUCCUGGAGGACGAGCGGCUGUCGCGCGCUCUCACUGAGCUGCACAAAGUCCGGCGCACCUUCGCGGCCCAGCUCAUUCCGCCCGAGUUUGACACUCCCCGCGACCUCAGAUGGCACGGAGCCUCGGCAGGCAGCACACCGGACUGGGACGGCACGCGUCAAACCCACGAUUCGCUGUACCUGGCGUACUCUGUGCACGACCCGGAGGCGAGUGCCAUGUACGUGGGCUUCAACCCUCACCACUACUCCAUCACGGUGUCCCUGCCAGAGGGGCUGCCAGGCGCCACGUGGAAGCGCAUUGUGGACACCUCAUUCCCCGCACCCCAAGAUGUGCUGCUGGGCGCCGGCGCUCCGUUGGUGGACAGCCACUACGAAGUCCCAGGCAAGGCGGGCGUCAUCUUCGCUGCCGAACCGGUGCCCGCCGCGGCCGCCGUGAGCAGCUUCCAGUGA